CUUAAUGAAAUUAAAUAGACACAUCAGUUUUUAUUUUCAUAUUUUCGUAUAAAUUAUAAUACGCUAUAACAAUGUGUAGCCUAUUUGAGUUUAUUUCAUGCGUGCUGAUGUGCUAAAGUGAUCCUUUUACAUCCACCCACCUGUGCUUACGUUUGUUUCUGGUUUCUACCGCUGUCACCGCGCAGGUGUUCAUUACUGUGACAGAGAUGCUGACAGUCAACACGACGUGUUAAUAUUUCAGCACUUUCAGUGGUGUCUCCGCUCCCAAAUCCGUUCCGUGUGUUUCAUGGCCUGUGUUUCGCACCUAUUUUCUGCUGCCGUUUAAUUAGGCGACUGAUGCGGGAUUAAGUUGCAGUGACAGGCAGCCGUGAAAGAGCAGACGGCUGAAAUCCAGGAAUCUCUACACACACAGGAGAAGGCUACCUUACAGAGCAAAGUUUCGCGCAUUAGUAUGUUAGAUUUUUGACAGAAAUGAAGUCUCAACCGACAGUGGUCAUGCUUUUGUUAAACUAAAAACCCACCACAGCGACAUCUGGAUACUUGUAAAAAUGCACCACGGAGGAAUAUUAAUUUUGCUCACGUUUAGCAUCAUAAUAGGGAUUACAUGUAGUGACUCCAGAAAAUCGCACAAGAUGAGCUCCAGCAGUGAGAAUGAGUUUGAGAAGAACAUGAAAGUCCUGAUAGAGAACAUCAGAUCUCUGUCUAAAGAAGAAAUGGGUGGAAAGACCCCACCAAACCUUCAUCAGACCAUGAGGAGAAUGGCAGCCCCCAGUGAAAGAAUCGCAAUUGACAGUACAAACAUAAAUACAUACCUAACAGUAUUCAACAGUUUAUUCACUGUAUACCAGCCAAUGCUGAUUGACAGCUUUAUUGAAACUCUCCCUCAGGCUUUAAUUUGCAUUUUGGCAGACAGACAGGGCUGUGGAUGGCAAGCAGAUUUAACAAGUACUGUUUCGUCUGCACUGAAUGAACAGUUUGUUUCUGUGAUCUCCUCUGUUAAAGCUCAAGCUUGCACUGCAACAUCUAGUCUGAGAACGCAGGAUUCCACCACAGCUCAGUUAAACUCUCUCCAGGAGACGCUGAUGAAUGUUUUGUCCUCAGACCUCCCACUUCAACUGCUGUCAGACAGCUUUUUAGCCUUUUGGAAUAGUUUCAUGGACAUGGCAGUUCCACCUGCGAUGUCUCUAAUGUCUGAUUUCCUCUUGAAAGCACUUCAGACCCCAGUGGAUUUUUUAAACCUUGGAUUACAGAUUGGCAUUAAGAUCCCUAACUUAGACCAGAGUUCAACAUGUCAACAAGGUGAUCUCAAACAGCUUAUAAUGUGGGGUAUGAAUCAUAACGUGAGUUGGUCUUUUGGACAGUCACUUCUGGAUUUGUUUUUGGCUCCUGCAUAUCCUUCUUGCAGUUUCACAAGUCUUGAAUGCCAAGCGACAAGCAGCAUCCAGUAUAUUCGUACUGGCACAACCUUAGUGGACAUUUCGACUUCUAGUCUCACUUGUGAUCAACAAAACUUCAACCAGCUCAAUGAAACCCUUUGUGCAUCAGUUUUAUUGACAGCAUCUCAGGAAUCAAACACCCUUUAUCAGAUGUGUCAAGUGCUGAGCACGUUGUCUCGAACAGAAGUGGCCAAUGUCUGGAGGAACAUGUGUCGCAUGGUCCAGAACAUCACCUUACCUCUCAUGGAGUCCUGCAGCGAUCCUGCCACUGUAAAGUUAAGUCGUAGUGCACGGUCCACUCUGAGCCUCAACGAACUCCUCUGUGACUAUAAGAAUUGGACUGUGACUGGUUCUGUGGACCCUGCUCUGGUCACAAUGUGCAGUGAAAACGAUCGUGAGACAUUCAUCCUAUCUGUGUGUAACAGUGCUGAAACCAUGCAAGUGCUGAUCAGACAGCCCAGCAAUGCCUGGGUGUGGGAAUUCUGUGCAAACAUAUCCGACAUAUACAUUGUGAGCCUGUAUUGUUCAUAUGACAGGUGGACUGUUGAAAACCUUGACCCGUCGAUUGUGACGUACUGUUGGUAUAAUGACAUGGACAGAUUUGAAGUGUUAUUAUGCGACAGUGUAGCCUUUUUUAUGGUUGUGUUUUCCAAUGAAGAAAACAGCUGGCUGAAGCCCAAUUGCUCUCAACAUGUUCCUGAUCAAAUCGACACCAACGCCCUUGUGGCUCAGUAUUGUAAAUACUCGGAAUGGAAAAACAUUCGAGCUGUCACCUCUGAACAGAUCGCUCUGUGUAUCCAAAAUGAUGAGAUUCGAUUUGUUAACGUUGUGUGUGUUAACCAAACAUUCGUCACUGUACUUGGGAUGAGCAUUGAUACUGCUUGGGUGCACCAAUAUUGUACUUACUCUUUCAACAACCCCCCCACGUCUACACCGACAGUGAAUACUGAAAUGAGGUGUGACUAUAACAAUUGGAUGAACAUGUCUGUGGAUCCGACAGUAGUCACUCUGUGCUGGCAGAACGACCAGAUCGGCUUCCAUAAGAACAUCUGCUGCAAUGUCCGCCUAUAUGAGAAGUUGUUUCUACAUCCUGAAAACCAAUGGCUGAUUAGAGUGUGCUCUGAUAAUAACACUGCGAAUGUGUUGUUGCAGGUUUGCACCUAUUCAGACUGGAGCCAGCCUACUAUUGUAGACAUGACUGACCUUGCUUUCUGCGCUGAUUAUGACACUGAAAACUUCACUCGGAAUGUAUGUGUCAAUGCUACAGUUCUGCAGAAUUUGCUGGCCAAUUUAGACAACACCUGGUUGUUGGAACAAUGCUCAAACUUGACCUCAUCUUACCCAGGUAUUGUACCUGGGAAAGAGGGGGGACUCAUAGGCUUCCGACCAGCUGAGCAAUGUCAGUACUCCAGUUGGGAUUUGGUGCUCCCGGACCCUGCUCUCCUCGCUCUUUGCUGGGACUAUGACCAAGUCAACUUUGUCUUUUCUGUCUGCUCUGACUCUUCCUUGCUCUCCCACAUCACUCAAGAGCCCUCCAACCUGUGGGUCGGCACUCUCUGUGUCACAUACACACCUCCGCCUGUCUCCAGUGGAAAUGGGAGCAAUGCCACAACUCCCCAGUCUUGUCCAAUAAGGGACUUGGCUAAGAAGCUAAACUGGACAUGCAGCAUAGACUUCAGUGUUGUCUGCCAACCAGGUGCCAGUCAAGCACAGGGUCUUCGGAUGUUGUUGCGCUGCGGGAUAGAAAUGAUCCAACCUCGCUUGGAGAAACUGAUGACUACAGAAGUGACAGAAGUGAUCAGGCAGGCCACCAGCCUGUGGGUUGUCCUGUUGUUGGCUCUUGAAGAAAGCCAGAUGACCUCUCUGAGUGUAUCGGAGAACAUUCGGCUGAGUGUGCUGGAGUCAGUUGUGAUCUACAUGGAGAAGGAGACCAAUUUUAACAACAGGCGUGUUGUUUUGCAGUGUUUUGGGAAAGUUUUGACCAGUCUGAUGCAAACAGGACGAGACGUGCUUACUAACUUUUUCCUGAUUAAGGAGUAUUUCCGAAUUCCUUUGCCUUAUCUGAGAUCAGUGCUCAGUGCAGCGGACAUAAUGAUUGUAAAGGAGAUUCUACAAUACUAUAAUAGGAACUACGCCACUCUACAGCUGUCAGAUGAUUACUUGCGAAUCAUGGUGUCCGUGCUUUUCCAAGUUCAACUGCCCAAGGAUUUUAGCUUGUUCUCAGAUAUGGGUAUUUUGUUGACUCUGGCUACACCUUCAGACAUCAUGUCAAUGCCUCCACUACAAAACAAUAUCAACGCGUUAAACAUGAUCAACUUAAACAUCAAAAACCUUUCCUUGGAGCAGCAGCAAGCAUUUGGUCGAUGGUUCAGUCAGUCCAUAGGCUUGCUUAACAUGACAGCCAGCAGCUUAUCCUACAUCAGAGACACUGGUAACCUGAUCGCCUACCUGCCCUUCCAGAGCUUCCAGCACCUCUCACCUGCUCAGCUGCUGGAUGGAUUUGAUGUCUUAAUGAAUAACACGUUGGAUCUCCUGAAAGAGCAGUUCAUAGUUCAGAGUCUCACUGGAGCCUUCAGUAAUCUCACAGUCAACCAGUGGAAAAUGUUAGGAAAUCUGUCCUGUCUGGCUCAUCCCAGUGAUCUGAUGUUGUACGCAGGAACGGACGUAUUCUCAGUGAUCCAGGACAACAUUAGGACAUGUGCAGUCCAGGGAAUUGGUGUUCCUAGCACUAUGAUAUCCAGCUUGGUCUUUAAAGCAUCUGAUCUGCAGUCUCCCUCCAGUCUCACUCCUCAGAGGAUCUCUCAGCUCGCUCCGUUUCUGCCGCUGCUGGGCUCCAGCUUCCUGCAACAGCUCAGCUCAGCCCAGCUCAUCCCUGUCCUCAGCACACUGACCACUGUGCCUUUCACCCCAGACCAGGCAAGUGUUAUCCUGGAGAAGAUCUCAACUAAUUUGAGUCUGGCUCUGCCUGGCUCUGGGCUGCUGUCUCAGCUUGGCUCUCUAGUGAGUGGAGUAAAGGUGGAGACUCUGUGGACUUUACGAUCUGAUGUUCUGCUGGAAGCGUUACCUGCUAUGAGUCUUCAGACACCUGGACUCACCCCUCCACAGGUCAAUGCCAUCAUCUCCACUCUCUGGGGUUCUAGUUCAGUGUCCCUGUGGAUGGAUAAAGUCCAGCCUUUGUUGUCUAGCACUCCACUCCUCAGUGUGAUUCCCCAAGUCCCUCUACUGCUGAUCAGAGACACUGCUGUACACACUCGCCUCUGGAACACACAGCAGGCUAAAGUUCUCUUCAAAGAGGCUAUCCACUCUCAUCCAAGUCUCUCACUAAAUGAUUUUCUAUCUUUGGGCACAGUGGCUACAGGAGUGACAUGUGUUGAACUUAAAAAAAUGUUUGAAAGCCUGGCUUCUCUGUCUCCACUACGGGACAUUCUAUCAUUUCUCAGAGAGCAGCCUGUGCCACUCCACCCCUCACUUACACAGUGUAUAAAUGAGGAACUCUACAACUUUAACUUCUUCUCAGAUUUGCUUGGAGAUUUGGGACCUCAGAUUGCUCUGUCACUUCCGCUGUCCACCAUUAAGAAGUUUCCACCAGAUAAAAUGGAUUCCCUCAGGAGAAUGAUAGUGGAAGACCCACAUUACUUCCUAUUGCUUCCAAGCACCAAACAAGCUGCACUUGUGGACAAGAUGGUUCAAAGACUGGAUAUGUACAGCGGAACAUACACAUUACAGGAGUUUCAUUCAUUAGGUGUCAUGGCUACGUUUGUGGCUGAUGAAAUGUUUUGGCAACUGGACAGGAGCUUCUUUGUCGAUAAUCUGGAGUUCCUGCGAGGAUUCUGCUACAGUUCCAAUAAAAGAGACCUAGUGGCAAAAAUGCUACAGGAACCAAAGACAUUUGGCGCUGUGCAAAACUGGACUUCAGAGACACUGAACCAAGUGGACCGCUUCUUGUUCUUUCUUCCAAAGGAGAUUAUUCAACUCAUCCCUUUAGGUUUGAUGAGUUUAGAGCGCAUUGAGAGGCUGUUCCUGAGUCAGCAAGAGUGGGAGAGCGGACAGCUCGGCUCUCUGUGUCAGUCACCUAAUGAGCUGUUUGACAAGCAGCAGUUUGUGCUUCAGUUUUUCCUCGGCUUCCUCAAAGUGGGACGCGCCACUUACAUUGGGCUGACCCCUACUUGUGAGAGCCUUCGUGUGACACAGCCUGCAGCCUGGACUAUCGACAGUCUUAAAAACAUGCCAUCAAGUGCGUUUCGGAGGUGCUUGCAGCUCAUUGGAGAAGAUCCAUUUUUCAGUCAAUACGAGCUUUCUGUGCUCCUAACAAAGACUAAAGAGGUUUAUGGUAUUCCCUCCAGUUAUAACUCUUCUGUGAUCGCUCAGUUGGGUCGUAUUGCCACUCAGCUCUCACUUAAUGAGCUGGCUUCUCUUAAACUGUCUGAAAUUGAGUCAAUCGCAGCCAUGGGAGCUGUCAACAUGUGGAACAGCAGACAGUUGAAAACGCUGUUCUCCACAGUGCUGAACUCAUCCAGAAAGAACCCUAGCCAGUUAGACUCCAGCACUUUUGUUGCUUUGGGACACAUUGUGUGUGGGAUUGAUGCAUCAGUCAUGCGCAGUUUGAAUCCAGUGGAGUUCAGUAAGGCAGUUUUGUGGCUGGGCCGUUUGCGUUUGUCCUGCUCUGAGGAGCAGCUGCAGACAUUAAUAGGACUGCUCAGCAACAGCUUGUCUUUUGGACUGAUCAGCUCCUGGGGAUCAGAGAUCUUCAUUGAAAUAGGAGCCAUUGCAGCGGGGUUGCCUGAUAUAGCCAUGUCUGCUUUGGUGAAGGAACAAAUAGAGGGAAUCACCCCACUUGCCAUCUCUCUCAUCCCAGCGGGCAAAUUUGCAGUGGUGUUUAACCAGGCACAGAUUCGCAUGUUCACCUAUGAGCAGGCCAUUGCUGUAACUGAUGCCCAGCGCUCUGCUCUGUCUUCAGUACAGCAGACGGCCCUGUACAUGGUGCUCAAUCCCUGGGAGGACAAACCUAUUGAUUUCAGAGGCAGGUCUCUGGGAGUCGCAGUUUACCCCUGUCAUAUUUUCUACCUCUUCAGCAUCCUGAUAACGUUGCUGUCGCUUCCUCCUGUUAUGGGAUGAGUUUGAAUCUGUCACUUCUGAUUCGCUGCUAUACUGAACUGAACACUCCUUUCCAAAUAUGUGCAAUAUGGUGUAACUUCAAUACUGUAAAUAUGUAUUCAGCCUUUUUAAAUUGCUGAAUUGGGUUUCAGAAAUGUUCUGUGAAAUUGCAUCAGAGAUAUUUGAUAAGUACAUUGUAAUAUUAACAAUCACUCAUAGAAAUAUUUCUUUAAGGAAUUUCUACAGCAUUUUUGGUCAUGAUAAAGAGCUUUUGUUUAUUUUUAGUUUGGAAAAUAAUGUAUCAACAUUUAUGUCUGUAUUUUGGUUUGACUUUUGUGCUUUACAUUUAUCUUUGUGUCCAGUUUUAUUUAUAAUAUUUAUUAAUUUAUGCAUGUAUUUUUAACUGCUUUAAGAAGAGCCUUCAUGCAAUGACACAUCUAAAUUGGUGGUAUUAACUUAAAAAGUAAACCCUGAUCGUGAAAUUUCUUUGUUCUUUCAUUUGUAAAGUCAUUCUUGUGUUCAUUCUCCCUAUUUAUGUAAUUUGAAGUUUAGUGUUCUUGUAUUUUUGUGCAUCAACUAAUACAUGUAUUAUUUAGCAAAGUGUUAGACCCCUAAUGAAAAUUAACCAUGGUUUUAUUUUAGUAAAAGUGUUGUUUUGUUGUUUGUUUGUUCUUUAAACUCCAUGGUUAAAUUA